AGAAGCAUGUGGGCGUUGGAGAGGAUAAGAGAGAGUGUGGAGAGCAUUCCUCUGGAUCUGAGCCGUUACAUGGGAAAGCAGGAGAAGGACGCUUUUUUUCCUUCCAAGCCCAGCCUGCACUGCAACAUCCUCACACCGGACAAGAUUCCAGAGUUCUGCCUUCCUCCACAGCUCUGCAGGAGGAGCCCACUGCCAGAAGCUGAGAAGACUCGAUUAUACCUGCAGCCUCAGAACCAGUUACCAAAGACCAACACUUCUUCAAAUACUGCACGUGUGAAAUCAGGGGAUGUGAAUACAAGAACUGGGGAUUCGUCAGUGGUGUGGAAGGCUGCAAAGAAAGCUUUGCCGUUCUCUGCAGAGGGUUACGGCCUGGCUGGGUUAUAUGAGAGCCCGAACACUCGAAGGAAAGAGUCUCUGUUCCAUUCAAAGUGCCCUGCUUAUGUGUUUCAGAGGGGCAUAUCUACUGGUGCCCCCAGGCUGGCAAGAAAACCAAACCUGCCAAAGAAAGCCGGGCCAGGCUUUCUUCCACUGCAGCAAUGCAAAAUUCUGUCAAAGACAGGAAGCGCAGAGAGUGAAGCACAGUUUUGCAGUGACUCUUCUCUUCUCACCUCCCCUUCAAGUACCGCCAAAUCUUCCUGCUACAUCGCAUCAAAUGGGGGUCGUCUUAAAGGAGCAGUAUCUUGUCCUUCAUUAACCAUUAAUAAGGAGGACAAAAGGAAGCUUAAGAGGGGUGGUUUAACUAUAACAUCCUCUUCCAGGAACCCUCUGACACGGGGGAAUAACACACUCUCUCUUGCUCCACCCAUCCUUUUCCCACUGGAUGUUCUGCAGUGUCAGGAAAGACUCCGACACGAACAUGUCCUCCCCUUGCAAGGACGUGGCAGAGUGCGCCUCUCCACUGAGCGCACUACUUUCUCCAAGAACAUAUUCUCCACACUCUCCACAGUGCGCAUACGUGUGGUGUCUGUGGAAGGCUUGUGGGACGAUGCUGAAAGGCAGACCCUGAACUGUGCAGUGAAUCUGUGUCUGACUCCGGGAAAGCUGCAGCAACAGGAGAGCGCCACCAUCAGGAACUGUCGCACACCAGUCUUCAAUGAAGACUUCUUCUUCAUAGAGCUGAGCCUGAAAGACCUACAAGAACUACAACUCAGACUGAAAGUGGUGGACAAACCUGCUUCUGGACCACUGAGGAGGGGAACAGUGAUCGGAAUAGUCAUUCGACCACUAUCUCAACUGCUCCCUUUAGAUAAACGUGAAGACAAAUAA